AUGCGCGCUGAAACAGAACGCAGUGGCGGACUGUGUUGUUCAAGAACAAGUCGCGAUUUUACCUACAGAAUGUUGACAGACGCCAGCUUGUGGUGCCGUCGUCGUGAACGUCAAGCGCAUUGUACCGUUAUGACGGGAAAUGGAGUAUCAGUUAUGCUAUGGGGAGAGAAAGGUAGCCCACCCGUUCUUACAGUUCCUGAAUUUCUUGACGGUGAAAGCUCGACAAUAACCUGUACAGUGCACAAUGCUAUCCCAGCUCCGGUAAUAGAUAUACGUGUCGGCAAUGUUUUGCUAUCUGAUGCUCUACAAACUGAUUUAUUUAAUGGAUCUUCUCAUACAUUUACAAAUCCGCCGUCGGUUAUUUCGAUGUCCGUGAACAAAAUACAAAAAGAAUAUAACGACAGUGUUUCUAUCUGUUACAAAAUCCUUUCUUGUGAAACGAAUGAAUCAAAUCCACCUUGCGCAAUUGAUUGGCCAAGCAACAGGGAUGAUUUACGUUAUAUUGCAUUAAGUAAUGAGACUAUUGUUGAACAUGGGAGUUACCGUUUUGUUUCCAAUGCGAUUUACAAAGUGACUAACGGUGUUGCUGGGGGAACCAUUACAUGUUCCACAAGAUGCGAUCAUUUCUCAACCCAUUUAACUCAAAAUUAUACCGUAUCAUUUUCAGGUGGUCCGACCCUGUACUUGAACACGACGUCACCAGUUGAUGUACCUCCGGAUACCACAGUGGUCGUAAAAUGUACUGUGUUGGAUGAGUUCAAUGCAAACGGGCAAUAUACGCUUUGGUGGGAAGAUGGAGAAAGCACUAUUAUAAAGACUUGUAACAAAACAGACGAAUGCCUGUUAACAUUAAAUCAUGCCGGCGACGGUGAACGGAUAUUUUUUUGCAAAAAAAUAAACCCAGAGAAAGUGUCAUUGAAAGUUUUAAGUUCAGUGACAAAGGGCAGUCAAUCCCAUGAAAAGGACAUUCAGACAUUGUUUUCAACAUUCCGAUUCCCAGUCAACAAUGUACUUAUUGGGGCAGCCGUUAUCUGUGGAUUCUGCAUCCUGUUUGUAAUCGGAAGAUGUAUAUUUCUUAAACGACGAACGGACAACGCAGUCAACACAAUAGAAAUGUUUGGAUCAAAGUAA